UUUAGCGUUUCACGUUCCUUGGUUUGAGAUCAAAACAGUCUAUCCAUCGACCACUUACUGCGACAUAUGCACUGAAAAUUCUUGUUUCCAGAGCUUGACAUUUGGGCACCAAACCAUGGCCCUAAAUAAGAAUAGCUCGGAGUCUGGUGGCGUCAUCAUAAACAACAGCGAAAGUGUCUUGAUGAGCUAUGAGAAUGUGGAGCUGGCUUUUUGCGAAGCAGAACGUCUCCCUGAUGCCUUCAAGAAGAGUAGGAAGGGAGGUGUCUACCUUACCCCAUACAGGGUGAUCUUCCUGGCGAAGGGAAAAGAGGCCCUGCAGUCGUUUAUGAUGCCCUUCUACCUGAUGAAAGGCUGUGAGGUCAAACAGCCUGUACUGGGGGCCAACUACAUCAAGGGGACAGUCGGCGCAGAACCAGGGGGAGGCUGGGAAGGCACCGCCACCUUCAAGCUGAUCUUCUCUGCAGGCGGAGCCAUCGAGUUCGGCCAGCACAUGCUGCAUGUGGCCGCCCAGGCAUCCAAAGGGCAGCCGGUUCUGGGCGACUUUGGGAACUGUCCCUACAUGGCGGCCAAUGGCGCGUGUGCUUACCCUCCUCCUCCAUCCAAUGGGAUGUACGCCUCUGGGCCCCCCCCUGGCUACAGUUACCCCCCAGGCGGGUUCUAUCCCAACCCCCCAGCGUUCGACGGCCCGGCCGCCUACAUGCCCCCCCCGCCAUACUCCGCCCCCCUGGGCCAGUCGCCACAGGGCCUGGACCUGCCCAAAACAACCGCGGCGGAGGCUAAGGCAGCGGAGGCGGCAGCCAGUUCUACUAGCACCGUGUCUCCAUCUCAUGUGUAUCUGCCAGAGGACAAGCCUCCCCCCUACUCCCCACCUGAGGACAAGAAGAACCAGUAGAGGAGACCUGAGCCUCGGUCACUUCCUGACCAGCCCAGUCCAGCCAGCACCCUCCCUUCCUCCGCGACCUCCUCACUUCCUCCUUCCUCCCUUCUCUCUCUCUCCCCUCAGGCCACAGAGUCUGUCAUCCCUCUCUCCCUCCCUCCCUCUCCCUCACGUUUCCCUCUUCCCUCGCUUUCUGUUCGCAUCUCUUUUUCUUCUCAUCCAGGCUUCUCUUCAAGCUUCACUGGUGCCACUUCUCCUCCUCCUCCUCCUCCCCCAUCUUGUGAUUUGGAAUCUGGAACUAGUGAGACUGGAGUUCCGCCAUUGCUAUGGCAACGAUGCAGAAAAUAAAGAUGGCGGCGGUUGUAGCUAGCUAGUCUGGUGGUGCAGCCAGAGACUACAUAGAGAGGGCUAGGCAGGUGUCACCAGGUCUGACUGACAAGAAUGAAUGACCGGUGGCCUGACCGCCUGGCUUGCUGUUAGUGAAUGUACGCGACGAGAAUUUUUAUUUUCUUUUAAUUCAUUUCAUUUAAUUUCAUUUCAUUCCUUUUAUUCUGGCUGCUUUGUAUGAGAUCAAAGUUAACCUGGAGCAACACUAAACCAGCUAUAGUCAGUAUUGUCAUACUGUAUGUGAAUUGUUUGUCCAUUUUGUUUGUAUGUAUGUAUGUAUGUAUGUAUGUAUGUAUGUAUUGCUAGGAGUUCUUGGGGAUUGCAGUCUGGGACCAAUGCACUAAUGCAUAGUAAAAGGCCAGUGUUGAAUUAUCGUCGUCAGACUGCACGCGCGAGGGGACCACUGUUCUGAGACCCGGACGCUAAUCUGGGAUUAGAAUUGGAGUGUGGAAUGCUGGGAAGAUUAAUUUCGGUGGGAAGCAUGCGUGUGCAGCUGGCAUCUACUCCGCUUAACCCCUCACCCCCCCUCUCCCCCCACCUGGAUGAACUCUGACCCCUGGGCAAGCAUCACAACACACAUCGCACUGGGGCAUUCUGUCUGUGUAUGUGUGUGUGUGUGUGUGCGUGCGUGCGUCCUCUGUAGAUUGCACUGACUGAAUGCCUUGUUUGUGUGUGUGUGUUUGUGUGUGUGUGUGUGUGUCCUCUGUAGCGCACACUGACUGAAUGCCUUGUGUGUGUGUGUGUGUGUAUGUCCUCUGUAGAGCAAACUAACUGAAUGCGGUGUGUGUGUGUGUCUGUGUGUGUGUCCUCUGUAGACUGAAUGCCUCUGGUGUGUGUUGUGCGUGAAGGCUUCUCCUUCACCUGUCCAGCAGAAGCGACCCCGGCUAGAGGCCGACUCCAGAACAGAUCCGGCCCAGCGCCAGGCCGGGCCUCAUCUGGGCUGAGUCAGGUCGGCAUCGAGGUUGGCUGCCGGGUCUGAGCCACCCGCUCUUUGCACUUUAAAAAUGCUACGCUAUGCUAUGCAGCAGUGACCAAACUCCCACCUAACCCCCCUCCCCCCACCCCCACCCCCAUCUCCACCGCUCCUCGUUGUAAGAUUCAUAAUAUAUCUGCUAUAUUUAUUUCCAUUCGAGAUGACUACAAAACAUGACGUAAUUUAUUUGAAUGUCGAGCUGUACCAGUCUAGCAUGGGUUUUGAACUGUGACAAUAACUCUGCAUCAGUUUGGAUUUUAAUAA